AUAAAUGUGAAGUACCAGUAGUGUACGGAUUGUUACACACAAUUCCUUUUUACUUUAUACUUUUUUUUUCGUUAUUAUGAUCAUAUUUUUGGCAAAGUUUCAGCGUCCAGCAUUCCAUUUUUGUGACAGUUCAUUUAAAACCACAGUAAUAUACGUUUUCAUGUGUCGUCGUUGUAUUUUAUAGUUUAAAUAAUUGCACUAUUUACAAUAACUUACACAUUUUUUUUAUCAGAAAAAUGUAGUUUUAAUUAUAUUAUAUAAACAAUUGCGUUUAUGACUAUCAACUGCAAUUAUAAUCAAAAAGAAAUUAUGAUCAUCGGAAGCAUUAUUUUAGCGGCAUUUGCUUUUUCUUCUUCAAUGUCGAUAGCAAUUAAAACAUGCGAUCGGAAACCAGUCGGAUUUUUAACGCCGAAAAGUACAAACCCACAUCCCUUUAGGGUUGUUUUCAAAGGAAAUUCGGAAUUCUACACUCCAGGAAUGACAUACACAAUUUUAUUGCAAGGCAUCAAGACUAUUUCAACAAUAACACCUAGCUUUAGUAGUUUUAUACUGAUGGUCGAAGCCGAAGAGAACCAGAAUUAUGAUGAGGAAAACCAUGACAUGAUUACUGGAAAAUUUCAACUGACCGGUGACGUGAGAACAAAAAUUAGCGAAAUCUGUCCAAAUACUGUCACUCAGACUUCUUUAAUCCCAAAAUCGGAAAUACAAGUUUUCUGGACAGCACCAGCAUCCGGCAGUGGAUGUGUUAUAUUCAAAGCUACCAUUGUAGAAUAUCGGGAUAUUUGGUAUAUGGAUGAUGAUCAAUUGAAUAAAAAAAUUUGCGAAGAAAGUAAUGAGAGCAACGACGAAAACGCUAAUGUCGUUUACGAAUGUUGUGCAUGUCACGAAGCAAAGUUUGAGUUAACGUUUGAGGGGUUGUGGUCAAGGCAUACUCACCCAAAAGAUUAUCCGGAUGACAAUUGGCAAACACGAUUCAGUGAUGUUAUUGGAGCAUCACAUACUAUUGACUAUCGAUUUUGGGAACCAGAUCAAGUAUCUUCAGAAGGCAUGAAUACCAUAGCGCAGAGUGGUAUUACUUCGACUUUGGAAUCUGAACUUAAAUCAAAAAGUGAUAAAAUUCGUACAAUUAUUAAAGCUAGAGGUAUUAGUUAUCCGAAUGUGACUGGAAAGACUUUUGCUGUAUUUCGAGUAGAUCAAGAACAUCAUUUGAUUUCGGUCAUAUCAUUUAUGCAUCCAUCGCCAGACUGGUUUGUUGGAAUUUCGGGUUUGGAGCUGUGUUUGCCGAAUUGUAAUUGGAUUACAAAUAAAACAAUCAAUUUGUACCCAUGGGAUGCUGGAAUCGAUAGUGGAGUCACGUAUAAUUCAACUGACAUGCCACAAGUACCAAGAAUGACUAUAAAGAGAGUUUUAGUAGCGAAUGCCAAUGACGCACACUCGCCGUUUUACGAUCCAACAGGUGCACUAAUGAAACCUAUUGCAAAACUUCAUUUAAUGAGACAGCGUCUUUACGAAAAAAGCUGUAUUGAAGAAGAAUCUAAGACAGAAUCAUCAAUCUGUGAAACUAGUGCAUGGUCAGAUUGGGAUGAGUGUUCAGCAACUUGUGGCAAAGGUUUUAGUAAUAGAUACAGGCAGUAUAAAAAUCCUGAAGACAACCAUAAACCUUACUGUAGUAAACGGUCUAUGAUACAACGCAAAGGAUGUUAUGUGCUUCCUUCUUGUUUAAUCGAGAAUGAGGAAACAGAUAUGAUCGAUCCAAAAUGUGAUGUAACUGAUUUUGGACAAUGGUCGGAUUGUUCUGCUGAGUGUGGACCCGGUGUAUCGGCACGAUUUCGAACAAUAUUAAAUGAAGACGUUUCACCAAAACAUUGUUUGAGUAGAAUGAACUUGCAGCAAACUGUUAAAUGUGAAACAAAAACUUGUCCAGACGAUCACGAUAAUACGGAUUUAGAUGUAAUAUGUAGUAAUUGUUCGUUAACCCAUUGGUCGUUCUGGUCACCUUGUAAUACGAAAUGCGGAUUUGGACAAAGAGAGAGACAUAGGUUUAAUCUAAACAGAACGGCCAUGGUAGAAGAAUGCGACAUUCGUUGUUACACACAGACAAUAAAUUGCACCGAUAAUCCACCGUGUGAAAACAACAUGCAAAUGGAGGAUAUUCUAUUGUUUGGAAAUAAUUUUAUGUUAAAGAAAUAUAAUGUUACCGUACAACGUUCUCUUAUUAAUAAUGUUAACGAAAAGCAAAUGCUUUGCAAUAAAACCGACACUAACAAAACAACCACUGCAUCCAGUUCUGAAAAUACAUCAAUAACACCGGUUACCAUAAAUCCAGAUGAUGUUUCGGAAGAUUCGACAGAGAAAUGUUUGUUGUCGAACUGGAGUAAAUUUUCAGCUUGCAAUGCUAUUUGUGGUCUUGGUUCUAAAGAGCGUACACGAACCAUACUUUCUCCCACAGAUCCAAUGGAACAAAAGAAAUGCAGGAAAAAACUAGUCGACCGCAGAAACUGUCGAGGAAGACAAUGUGGUAAAUGCAAUUAUUCACAAUGGUCAGAGUGGUCGUUGUGUUCAGCACUGUGUGGUAUGAACGCAGUACAACAGCGUACAAGAGUUCCGGAAAAUCCUUCGUGGACAUGGUGUAAAGAUAGAAUAGAACACCGUAUUUGUUCAGCUUUGGCGUGUAAAUCAGAUUAAAAAUAUAUUUUAUCUAAAUCAGUUUGGCCUUUAACUUUAUAAUAUUACGUGUAUAUAUACAAAAUUAUG